CCCUUUGGACCUCGCGCGUUGAAAGAGCGUGUCAAGACUGGAAACUAAUGUCCACAACUCUUUUCGAAGCCUUUAAUUCAACACCUGUUUGUUCGAUUUAAACUGGUAAAUGUAUGUAGCCCAUUGUGUGGAACUGUAAAGAAAAAAAUGGCUCAGAUCCAUCCUCAUCAUUCCCCUAAUGCUACUGAACACCACCAUUCUACUGCUGCAUGCCCACAAGUAUUAACAGUUUGGAAAAAGGACUUCUUUUUCAGUGGCAUUGGUUUUAUGAUAUUCGAUUCAUCAGGCAAUCUUCUUUUCAGAGUUGAAAAUUGGACUCCUAAUGUCGCAACCCAACUCCUUUUAAUGGAUGCUUCAGGAAAUCCUCUUAUUCUGCUACGCAGGAAGGUUGUAAGUCUUCACCAGAGAUGGGAAGGUUUCAUCUACAAUGGGGAAGAUGGAAGUGGACCCAGAAGAAGAAGGGUGUUUAGCAUUAAGUGUUCAUCCAUUAUACCUGCAACCACAUCUAUUGAUGUCUUUGUGGGUUCUUCUUUUAAGGACUAUAUGAGGAGGCGUGGUGAUUAUCACAUUGAGGGAUCCUUCAGAGAGAGGGCAUGUGCAAUUUUCACCAGGUCCCGCAAUCUGGUUGCAGAGGUUAAAAGAAAACAUGAAAAUUGCAGCAUGAUGGUUGACAGGGGUGUGUUUAGCUUGGUGGUCUAUCCUGGUUUUGACCCCGCUCUGGUUGCGAGCUGGAUUGUAAUUGUAAAUCAUAUUAACCGAGAGUAUCUCUCUAAUCUUCUACUGCUUGGACUUAAUUCUACCCUCAAAUCAUACCGAUUUCUUGGGAAAUCAGAAAUGAGCAGAAAAGAUGAGUGUUCUAAUGUAGACUAAAGCUUCUGCUAGAGGGAAAAUUUGUCUUAUGGAGACACUGGAAUUGUAACUGUAAGACAAUUCAUGAUAGUGGUAUGAAUUGUGUGAGUUUUUGUAGUGUUUCGGAUCAAAUUUCAUAUUUCAUUAUCAGAAAUCAGAAUUAUCAAAAAGAAUAAUUGGAUCUUUUAUCA